AUGAGUGAGGGGCAUGAAUUAGAUGUUCCGUCUGCAAUUUAUGAAUCAGACGUUCGCCAUAGAAAUGCACGCCUACUAAUCGAAGAUUCCGAAGGGCCAAAAAUGCUCGAUCCUAUAAUCGGCUAUGCCCAGGAGUCACUUGUCCCGCUUGCUGACGCAUGCGCACCGUUGGCUUCCAUUAUUGACGAUAUAUCCGCUUAUGUUUCGAUUGCUCUUGAACGUACUCCGGAUGAUCCAGCUGAUGGUCUGACUCGCGACGAAGCAGCUUCCAUUCAUCUCUACACGAUGGAGUGGGCAGACGAAAGUAGAAGCCUCUAUUCGAUUCUCAAUCACACUCUCAAGUCAGCUGAUCGUGAAGACUUACGACCAUGGUUCAAAUACAUCAAAAUUUUUCUCACUGCCCUAGCCAAAAUACCAUGCGCGCCUAUCCAGACUGUUUGGUGUGGUGUGCGAAAAAAUAUUAGUGACAAAUUUCGGCUUGGGGAUCAAGUGACAUGGUGGACUUUCACAUCGGGUACAGCAACGCUCACGGUGUUAGAAAACGAUUUAUAUUUGGGGAAAACAGGCGAGAGAACCCUCUUUUCCAUCGAAGUCUUCAAUGGCAGGAAUAUACGCGCUCAUUCACAUUUUGACACGGAGGACGAAUUUCUGAUGCUGCCGGGAACAUACAUGGAAGUACAAUCACAAUUCAAUCCAGCGCCCGAUCUCCAUAUCGUUCAUUUGAAACAGAAGAUGCCGGAGGAAAUGCUACUUGAGCCUCCAUUCGAAGGCGGAUGUCUUUAUCCAAAAAAUGACACAUCCUCAAGACGUCGUUGGUAUAGGAAGAAGAGAUUUUUCGGUGCAAUUAGCUUAUUGACGGCUGCUGUGUGCCUCGUGGCAGUCAUUGUUGGCUCUGUUUCCGAACCAAAAUCUUCCCCCCGCAAGCCAGACGGAGAUAAAGAAAUGAAUAGUUAG